CUGUGUGAAGGAGGCUUAAGAUGUCACGUAACUCUGACAAGGCCAAUACAGUGCUAUUCCGGUACCAAGAGCAGCAGGCUGAAGCUAAUGGCUAUAUCGACUAUAACUCUACGCAGAGGCCACGUGCGGUUCAAAAGGUUUCAACUCUGAAAGAUGCGGAGGCAUGGAGGAAGCAAGUGUUGACAGAGAUCAACCAAAAGGUGACGAAGAUUCAGGAUGUUUCACUGUCCGAUUAUCAGCUGCGUGACCUCAACGAUGAAAUCAACAAGCUCAUGCGUGAGCGGGUUGCUUGGGAAUAUCGAAUCAAAGAGCUCGGUGGUGCGGACUAUAAGAUGAGCUCAAAUUCAAAGAUAGCUGGAGGGGUGGUUAUACGAGGUUAUAGGUAUUUUGGAAGAGCCAAGGAGUUGCCUGGUGUGAAGGAGUUACUGGAAAAGCAACAGAUGGAACAGAGGGAGAAACAGCAGAUGAAGAAUAAGAUGAAAAAUAAUGCCCAAAGGUUGAAAGAGCUGGAACAGAGAGUCGGGUUGGAAUACUACGGUUAUCGGGAUGAAGAACCAAGAAUCAACGCGGACAAUUCGAAAAAGGUCCUCAGACAUGCAAAGGACAUACUUGGAGAUCUACUACAGACUGACCAGGAAGUGGAGAUUCACGCGGAUGAUGAUGAUGAAUGUAAAGCUGAUACUGAUGCCUUGUUGAAGUACGAACGCAAAAUUACCAGGCAAAGAUUGAAACAGAAGAAGCAAUGCAAUUCACCAGAGUUCACCUUAGACUCCGAAGAACCUCCAACUCUCCAGCAGAUGGAAAAGAUCAUUGUGGAUAGAAGAAGAUUACAACUCGAACAGAGGCUAAAUUUGUAGAAUGUGUUUGUUUGAAUUUAAUGGGUCAGGUCAAAAUGGAAAUAACGAACUAUAAUGCAUA